AGAGAAAAUCCGAAAGGAAAACCACAGUUGGCUCCUUGAACCGCCGAUCUACGGAGCAGGGAAUUUUGAAACAGAGACGAAGGCAGAAAGCGAAGCGUAGUGUUUCACCUGUGGGGCUCCGUUUUGUUCUUGCUUGCAAUCAGAAUCAGGUUUCAUAGAUGCUAGGGUUUUGUAGCAUUCAAAUUGAGCUGAUUUUAUUGUUAGGAUGACUGAAAACGCUUGAAGAAGUGUGAAUGUUGGAAAAGAAGCUUUUUGUAGAUACCCAGAAUCUGAUUUUAGUCUUAUUGGUGGUUUCGUGAAGCUUUGUUUGGAGUAUUAUGUUGCUUGCGACGGUUAUUAACCUUUAGUUUUGAAAGAAUUUAGGUUGUUAGAUAGGGAUAUCAUGAAUAAUAACAAUCCAGCAAAAAGCUUAGGGGCACCUUCUGCUGUUGCCAAUUCUGGGGCAAUAACACAGUCUACGCCCUUGAACAAUCAGUCACCGCAUCUUCUUUCACAGUCGCAGCCUCAAACACAAGGUGGGUCUGCCUUUCCAGGCCACUUUCAGCUGUCAGAACCGCAAGCUCAAGUGUUAGGUCAUUCACAACAUGCACAGGCAGCUCAUGCUCAUUUCCAAGCUCAGAUACAUUCAACUAACCGAUCCAUUGCCCAGCUGCAAAACCCUAAUCCUAGUAAUGCUGGUGUGCCUUCACCCUCUGUGUCUACACCUGGCACUGCAAGUGCCAAAAGGGCUAACCAGAAACCACCUUCUAGACCUCCAGGUGGCUCAUCCAAUAGUAAUACAGCUUCUCUAUUUAAAACCAUGGAGUUGACACCAGCUGUGCGAAGGAAGAAGCAGAAGCUUCCCGAGAAGCAGAUACCAGAUAAGGUGGCUGCAAUUUUGCCAGAGUCUGCUCUUUAUACUCAGUUGCUUGAAUUUGAGGCGAGGGUUGAUGCUGCUAUGACAAGAAAGAAAAUGGAUAUUCAAGAGUCUCUUAAAACUCCUCCCCGAAUUUGUAAAACACUUCGAGUGUAUAUUUUUAACACUUUUGAAAAUCAAAUGCAAGGAGAGAAGAAUAGUGCAGAGCCUCCUUCCUGGUCAUUGAAGAUUUUUGGAAAGAUACUGGAAGAUGGGAAAGAUCCAGUGCUGGCUGGGAUGCCUCAGAAACCAUAUCCAAAAUUCUCAUCUUACUUCAAAAGAAUCACAAUAUACUUGGACCAGAGCCUUUAUCCAGAUAACCAUGUAAUUCUAUGGGAAAGUGCUCGGUCACCUGUACUUAAUGAGGGCUUUGAAGUGAAGAGAAAAGGAGACAAGGAAUUUACUGCAAUGAUUAGGCUAGAAAUGAAUUAUGUACCAGAAAAAUUCAAGCUUUCACCUGCUUUAUCAGAAGUUCUUGGCAUUGAAGUAGAAACCCGUUCAAGAAUUCUGGUGGCAAUUUGGCAUUAUGUGAAGACUAGGAAGUUGCAGAUCCCGAAUGAUCCAUCCUUCUUCAUGUGUGAUCCACCCCUUAAGAAAUUAUUUGGGGAAGAGAAGAUGAAAUUCACAAUGGUCUCGCAGAAGAUAAGUCACCAUUUAACUCCUCCGCAACCUAUUCAUUUGGAACAUAGGGUCAAACUAUCUGGGAAUUGCCCAGCUGGAACUACUUGUUAUGAUAUUGUUGUUGAUGGUCCUUUUCCGUUACAAAAGGACCUUGCUGCAUUUUUGGCAAGUACUGAGAAGAACAAAGAAAUUGAUGCUUGUGACCAAUUAAUAUGUGAUUCUAUAAAGAAGAUACAUGAGCAUCGAAGGAGGCGGUCUUUCUUUCUAGGUUUCAGUCAGUGUCCAGCAGAAUUUAUUAAUUCUUUAAUUGCUUCACAAAGCAAAGAUCUAAAGCUUGUUGCAGGAGAUGCUAGCCAUUCUGCAGAAAAGGAGCGCCGUUCAUAUUUUUAUAAUCAGCCCUGGGUUGAAGAUGCUGUCAUUCGUUACCUGAAUCGCAAAUCUGCUGGAAGUGAUGCUCCUGGAAGCAUAUAAAUAAGGAAUGCCAUGCCAUUCUAGUCCCUGUCUCCUUGUGUUGAUUUAGGUUGACUGGUGUAAUUAAUCCGAGGAAUUCUAGAUCCUCUUUUCAGCAGUGAGUUGUUUUUCAGUAUGCUGAAAGCUUGUAAUGGUAGAGAUUGUUAUUUAGGAUUGAUUUGUAGCAUCUCGAUUGCAUGGAAUAGAAAUGGACAUCUGCAAAUCUACUCAACAUUCAUUUGUUUUAUUGAUGGUUAAUAAUUUAGUAUCUUUUUAAUUAA